AUGCAGACCCGUCCUUCAAGCUCAAGCUCAAGCUCACCAUCUGGCAAUGAAGCCAAAUCUCCAGAAGUGAGCACCGAGCCCGUGCAGAAGAACAGAUGGCACCAGAGACUCAACCCAUGGCGAUCACAGGCGUCGCCUCCAGUGCCAACAGCGCGAUCCGUGUCGCGCGAACACGGCGCCUCCUUCCUCAGCAUCGCCUUCUUCCACUGGAUGUCUCCCUUGAUGAAAGUCGGUUAUUCACGACCCCUCCAGCUGGAGGAUAUAUGGACCGUCAAUCCCGACCGCGCCGUCGACGUCCUGUCUGGUCGACUGGAGGCGUCGCUGGACAAGCGCACCCACAGCGGGAUGGCCCGGCCGCUCGCGUGGGCGUUGUACGACACGUUCCGAGCCGAGUUCGUGCUGGGAGGUAUGUGUCAGCUGGUCAGCGCGCUGCUGCUGGUCUUCACGCCGUAUCUGACGAGGUUUUUGAUCGCGUUCGCGACGGAGGCGUAUAGUGCGCGGGCAGGCUUCGGGCCGUCGCCGCCCCGUGUGGGUGAUGGGAUCGGCCUCGUCGUGGGCAUCACCUGCAUGCAGGCUCUGCAGAGCUUGUGCAACAACCAAUUUCUGUAUCGGGGUCAAAUGGUUGGGGGACAGAUUCGCGCGGUUCUUGUCUCUCGGAUAUUUCAGAAGGCGCUGAAGCUGUCUGGGCGGGCGAAAGCCGGGGGCCAGGCGACACCUGAAGAAGUCGAGGCAUUGGAGGCUGCGAAGGGGGCUUGCCGGAGCUCAGAUGAGACAGGGAAGGGGAGGCAGAGGCCUAAUACUGCGUCGACUGCUACCGGUGGAGUUGCUGGGGACGGCCACGGAUGGAAUAAUGGCCGUAUCACGGCGCUCAUGAGCAUCGACGUGGACCGCAUCAACCUGGCCAUGGGGAUGUUUCACGUUGUUUGGACGGCGCCAAUCACGAUUUUGGUGACGUUGGUUCUGCUCUUGGUAAACAUCGGUUACAGUUGUCUGUCAGGGUACGCCUUUUUGAUCGUUGGGAUGUCGCUGCUGAGUUUCGCCGUGCGAUCCCUUAUCCAGAGACGAAAGAAGAUCAAUAAUAUAACCGACCAGCGAGUGUCACUCACUCAGGAAAUUCUGCAUGCGGUACGGUUUGUGAAAUAUUUUGGAUGGGAAAGCAGCUUCCUGGACCGUCUGGAAGAGAUACGCGGCCGGGAGAUUCGAUCCGUCCAGGCAUUGCUGGCCAUUCGAAAUGCCAUCUUGUGUGUCUCUAUGUCUAUCCCCAUUUUUGGCUCAAUGCUGGCUUUUAUCACCUAUGCACUGACAAACCAUGACUUGGAUCCCGCGCUGGUCUUCUCAUCACUGGCCCUCUUCAACUCCAUGCGGAUGCCGUUGAAUCUCCUACCCAUCGUCAUGGGUCAAGUGACUGAUGCGUGGACUGCUCUUAAUCGAAUCCAGGAUUUUUUGCUGGCAGAAGAGCAGAGAGAAGAUAUCGGGCGGGAUGAAGCAAUGGAGAGCGCCAUCGAGAUGGAUCAUGCUUCAUUCACCUGGGAGCGCCUCCCGACGGACGCGAAGACAGAGCAGUCAACCCCCGACGACGAUGACACGAUCGUAAACGCCCCCACAGAGCCGUUCAAGCUCCAAGAUAUGACUUUCACAGUCGGUCGAAAUGAGCUGCUGGCCGUCAUUGGAACAGUGGGCUGUGGCAAAAGCUCUCUGCUUUCAGCUUUGGCAGGCGAGAUGCGUGUCACUGACGGCACUGUACGACUGAGCACCACGCGCGCAUUCUGUCCACAGUACGCGUGGAUCCAAAACACAUCCGUGCGGAAUAACAUCCUAUUUGGUAAGGAGUAUAACGAGUCCUGGUAUGAACAGGUGGUCGAUGCAUGUGCCCUGACCCCGGACCUCGAGAUGCUUCCUGAUGGGGACCAGACUGAGAUUGGGGAACGCGGUAUCAACGUGUCUGGUGGACAGAAGCAGCGGUUAAAUAUCUCCCGGGCAAUCUACUUCGACGCGGAUCUUGUACUUAUGGAUGACCCGCUAUCAGCAGUCGAUGCACACGUCGGACGCCAUAUCAUGGACAAGGCCAUUUGUGGCUUGCUCAAGGAUCGGUGCCGAGUUUUGGCGACGCACCAGCUUCACGUGCUCAACCGUUGUGAUCGGAUUAUAAUCAUGGACGAGGGGCGUAUCAGUGCUAUCGACACUUUUGACAAUCUGAUGCAGAACAGCGAGCUCUUCAGGCGGUUGAUGUCUACAUCUGGACAAGAGACUGCGCACGAGGAAGGGGACGAAGCGACUGACGAAGCAAUUGAAGAGUCGGAGGACACACAGCCAAGUACCAAGACGAGUGCACCCUCAAAACCAGCUGCCGCUUUGAUGCAAGAAGAGGAAAAGGGCUCAUCCUCGGUCGGUUGGGGUAUCUGGAAGGCUUACAUCCUAGCAUCUGGCGGCUAUUCCAGCGCUCUUGUGAUGCUCAUCCUGCUCGGUCUUUCAAACGUUGCCAGUAUCUGGACCAGUCUAUGGCUUUCCUACUGGACUGCAAACAAGUACCCGACUUUGUCAACCGGUCAGUAUAUUGGAGUCUAUGCUGGACUGGGUGGAGGUGUUACCCUCCUGGUGUUCGUCUUUUCCACAUACAUGACCACUUGUAACACGAACGCUAGCAAGGCCAUGCUUCAGCGCGCCAUGUCCCGUGUGCUUCGUGCUCCCAUGAGUUUCUUUGAUACUACGCCACUCGGACGAAUCACCAACCGCUUCUCGAAGGACAUCCAGGUGAUGGACAACGAGCUUUCGGAUGCGAUGCGACUGUUUGCUCUGACGAUCACAAUGAUUAUAGCCGUCAUGGUUUUGACCGUUUCGUUCUUCUACUACUUCAUCAUCGCACUGGUCCCGCUGGUGAUCAUAAUCGUGCUAGCCGCGAACUACUACCGAGCGUCCGCCCGCGAGAUGAAGCGCCACGAGUCAGUCUUGCGGUCGACGGUGUACGCCAAAUUUGGCGAGGCCAUCACAGGCGCUGUCUGCAUCCGAGCAUAUGGCGUGGAGAAGGGCUUCCAACGCACAAUUCAAGAUUCCAUAGAUGUGAUGAACGGAGCCUACUUUCUCACCUUUUCGAACCAGCGGUGGCUCAGCGUGCGACUUGAUGCUGUUUCUACUGCGCUGAUCUUCGUGGUCGGUAUUCUGGUAGUCACCUCGCGGUUCAAUGUCACCCCCAGUACCUCUGGGCUGGUUCUGUCUUAUAUCCUGGCCAUCGCGCAGAUGCUGCAAUUCACAGUGCGCCAGCUGGCUGAGAUCGAGAACAACAUGAACGCCACAGAACGAGUUCACUAUUAUGGCACUGAGUUGGAUGAAGAGGCGCCGCUGCAUCAACAGGUCGAGGCGUCCGCCAGCUGGCCCGAGCAUGGUCAUAUCGAGUUCAACAACGCGCAGAUGCGGUAUAGGGCUGGCCUACCGCUUGUUCUAAAGGGCCUCAGCAUGAACAUCCAAGGAGGCGAGCGAAUUGGUAUUAUCGGCCGCACAGGGGCAGGUAAAUCGAGUAUCAUGUCUGCACUCUUCCGUCUUACCGAGCUGUCCGAAGGCACUAUCAAAAUCGACGAUAUCAACAUCUCAACCAUCGGCCUUCAGGCCCUCCGAUCUCGCUUGACCAUUAUCCCGCAAGACCCGGCCUUAUUCAAGGGGACCGUUCGAUCCAACCUGGACCCAUUCAACGAGCACAACGACCUAGAAUUAUGGUCCGCUCUCCGCAAGGCAUACCUAACCGGCCACGGCGAAGACCCCGAAGACGAAAAGCCCCCCAACAGCUCAGCCAGCGGGGCCACCACUGCCACCACCUGCGCCUCCGGUACAAGCAGCAACGGAAGAACACCCCCGACAGCAAACAGACUCAUGCUGGAGUCCCCCGUCGAGGAAGAGGGCCUGAACUUCUCCCUCGGCCAGCGGCAACUGAUGGCUCUUGCACGAGCGCUUGUGCGCGACACGCGCAUUAUCGUCUGUGACGAGGCUACCUCCUCUGUGGACUUCGAGACAGAUCGGAAGAUCCAGCGGACGAUGGCGCAGGGCUUUGCGGGGAGGACCUUACUAUGUAUUGCGCAUCGCUUGCGCACGAUCAUGCACUACGACCGCAUCUGCGUUAUGGAUCAGGGUCGGAUCGCGGAGAUGGAUGCGCCGGUUGUGCUGUGGGAUCGACCGGAUGGGAUCUUCCGAGCGAUGUGUGACCGGAGUGGUAUUACUCGUGAGGAUAUUCUCUGUUGUGACUGA